UUCUGAAUCAAUUUGUUAGCUCUUGAAGACAUUUAAGAGUGAAGAACUCAGGAUUUAUCCUUCACCUCUUCAUCAUCAAUCAUCAGGAGCAACUAAGGUUAUUAAGAAAAUGUGGAGAUUAAAGAUAGCAGAGAAGACUCCAUACACAUUCAGCACAAACAACUUUGCAGGAAGACAAAUAUGGGAGUUUGAUUCUGAAGCAGGAACAGAUGAAGAACGAGCCCAGGUUGAAGAAGCUCGUCUACAUUUCCAUCAAAAUCGCUUUCAGCGUAAGGCAUGUGGUGAUCGACUUUGGCGUUUUCAGAUUUUGAAGGAAAACGAAUUCAAACAAAGAAUAAGAAAAGUGAAGAUAGAAGAAGAUGAGGAAAUUACAUGGGAGAAGGCUACUCAUACCAUAAAGAGAGCCUCUCAUUACCUCUCGGCACUGCAAACUAGUGAUGGCCAUUGGCCUGCUCACCUUGCGGGUUGUCACUUUUUCACUCCCAUCAUGAUCAUCUCCAUCUAUAGUACAGGACAUCUUGAUUCUGUAAUUUCAGAAAAACAUCGUAAGGAAAUUCUCCGUUACUUGUAUAAUCAUCAGAAUGAAGAUGGAGGGUGGGGAUUACACAUAGAGGGUCCAAGCACCAUGUAUUGUACGGCACUCAAUUACGUAACUUUGAGAAUUCUUGGAGAAGGACCCAAUGGAGGUCAUAACAAUGCUUGUGCCAAUGCCAGAAAGUGGAUUCAUGAUCAUGGUACCAUUACACUUAUGCCUUCAUGGGGAAAAUUCUGGCUCUCGGUUCUUGGUAUUGUUGAUUGGAGUGGAUGCAAUCCAUUGCCCCCUGAAUUUUGGAUACUCCCUACUUUUCUCCCCAUGCAUCCUGCUAAAAUGUGGUAUUAUUGUCGGCAUGUAUACAUGCCCAUGUCAUAUAUAUAUGGGAAAAGAUUCGUGUGUCCAGUCACACCAUUAAUCACAAGUUUGAGAGAAGAACUCUUUACUGAACCUUAUGAUGAAAAGACUUGGAAAAAAGCUCGCCACAAAUGUGCAAAGGAAGAUCUGUAUUAUCCGCAUCACUGGAUACAAGAUCUGAUAUGGGACACUGCUUAUGUAUUGACUGAGCCACUUCUCACACGCUGGCCUUUCAAUAAGAUAAGAGAAAAGGCACUUGAAGUUGCAAUAAAAGGUAUUCACUACGAAGAUGAAAAUACUCGAUACAUACAUGGUGGGUGUAUCAACAAGUCUGGAUCUUUGCUUGCUUGUUGGGUAGAAGAUCCAAAUGGAGAUUCCUUUAAGAAGCAUCUUGCAAGGGUUCCAGAUUAUUUAUGGCUUUCAGAAGAUGGAAUGUGUGUACAGGCAAUUAAUACGCAAUCAUGGGAUGCUGGUUUCGCGGUUCAAGCUUUUCUCGCGUCUGGUUUAAUUGACGAUCUUGGUCCAACACUUGAAAAAGCACAUGAUUUUAUCAAGAAAUCUCAAAUAGUAGAAAAUCGUCCAGGAGAUUUCAAGAGUAGGUUUCAUCACAUUUCUAAAGGGGCAUGGGCCUUUGCAGACAGAGACCAUGGAUUACAACUUUCUGACGGCACUGCAGAAUGUCUCAAGUGUUGUUUACUUUUAUCAAUGUUGCCAGAAGAGAUUGUAGGAGAAAAAUUGGAAACUGAAAGGAUAUAUGACUCGGUCGAUUUCCUGUUGUCCCUUCAGAGCAAAAAUGGAGGUAUAUCAGCGUGGGAGCCAGCAAGAGCUCAAAAGUGGUUGGAAAAUCUGAAUCCGGCGGAAUUUCUUGCUGACAUAGUGAUUGAGUACGAGUACAUUGAGUGUACUGGAUCAACAAUUCAGGCUUUAGUAUUGUUCAAAAAACUAUAUCCAAAUUAUAGAAGGGAAGAGAUAGAGAAUUUGAUCGUGAAAGCAUGCAAGUACCUUGAAGAUCAACAAUCAUCAAAAGGAACUUGGGUUGGGAUCUGGGCGGUUUGCUUCACUUACAGUGCCUGGUUCGCACUCGGAGGUUUAGCCGCUGCCGGAAACACUUACUCUAACUGCGCCGCCAUUCGUAAAGCUGUGAAAUUUCUACUCUCAACACAGAAUGAUGAUGGUGGGUGGGGAGAAAGUUAUCUUUCGUGUCCGCUGAAGACGUACGUGGCUCUUGAAGGGAAUCGAUCACAUGUUGCCCAAACAGCGUGGGCUCUGAUGGCUUUAAUUGAAGCCGGGCAGGGUGAGAGAGAUCCAACACCUCUUCACCGUGCUGCAAAGUUACUCAUUAAUUCUCAGUUAGAAGAUGGUGAUUGGCCCCAACAAGAGGCCGUGGGGGCGUACAAGAGUAGUUGCGUGCUUCAUUACCCAUUUUAUAGAAAUUAUUUUCCGAUAUGGGCCUUGAGUGAAUACCGUAACAAAGUUUUAGUGCCUUCGACUACUACCAAACUUGAGAAGUCGUGAGAUCAAAAAGACGAAGUCGAUGGUGGAAAUCUAGCUAAUGUUGUGCGGUUGGAGCUACAGGGUGCAUGUGGUUGCCUUACGCAACAUUCUUCUAUAUAAUAAUAUAUGAUUUGGUCUAUUUAAAUAAACCAUUUUAUAUCACUUGCAUUAUGUAAUUGACAUAAACAUGGUUGGAUGAGAAGUGAUUGUGUUAUAAUAAUUGAACAUAAGUCAAAAAUGUUUAAACUAUCUGAAA